CUUAUCUCGUGUAUUUAUUAACUAUGCAAUGUCUAAAAUGGCGAAGUACUGGGUGAUUGUUUCUCCUCUAUUAUAGGUUAUACGAUAUAAUUGUAAUCGUUGCAAAUAGUAACAGAGUUCUAUUUGGCAGGGUUAUAAAAGAAUAUUAUGAUUACGUCGAAAUAAUUCACGUUAACAUCGAUUAAUGCUCUAAUAAUAAUAAUAAAAAAAACGUGGAUAAUGGCUGAAAAUGUUGUUCACUGUGAUGACGAAUUUGUACAUUCCAUCAAAACAUUACUUUGGGGUAAUACUAUUAAAAAAGAUGUAUUUAAACGAUGGGCUCAAGGAUUUUACUUCAGCCCUGAUGAGCCAACAGCAUUGAUACAAACAGAAGGUGGUCCUUGUGCAGUAAUAGCUCCUGUCCAAGCUUUCAUUUUGAAAGAGUUACUUUCUGAGACUGAUGUUUCAACAUGGAAAAAUAUUAAUUUGGAUACGUGUUACCAACUCCUCGUACGAGCUUCUAUAGAGAUUUUGAAGCAAGCAGCUGGAGAGAAAGUUCCAAAGUUUUGUAUUGUAUUUAUGGAUUGUAAAUUUUCGAAUGAGGAUAAUGGAAGAAAAGCCAAGUGGGUAGAGAAAAUACCAGAGGUUGAAAAUCGUGAAGAAGAAAUAAGUGUGGCAAAUAACGAAAAUCAGGAAACAAAUAAAAAGAUAUUAUUGAUGGAAAUGAAUGAAGAAUGCAGAACCAUAGAUUCUGAUCUUUUUCAUUCUCAAUUGAGGUUAUUUACAACAAAUACCUCUGAACAUGUGGAAGAAUUUUUUUCAGAAAGGUUAGAGAUGUUAAAAGAUAGAUAUGGAAUCUUAUUGCUUCUUUAUAGUGUAAUUGUUACAAAGGGUGUUACUGAAAUUCGUUCAGAAAUGUCAGAUCCCACAGAAUCAAUGAUUGAUUCAACAUAUGGUUAUGGAAAUCAGAGUCUUAUAAAUUUGAUGCUCACUGGAAGAGCAGUCAGCCAUGUGUGGGAUCAUGAUCAAGAUGUUGGAGGAUUGAAAUUGCGUGGGAUAGAUAAACAAAAUCCUAUCGGAUUUCUUGCUCUUCUUGAACAUCUAUGUUACUGUGAAGUAGGAACUUUCUUAAAAUCUCCCUCGUAUCCUAUUUGGGUAUUGGGUUCGGAAACUCAUUUGACUGUGCUAUUUUCUACUGAAAAAAGACUUGUGAGUCCUGAAACACCUGCAGAUCAAGCGAAAAGAGUUUUUAGAAAAUUUGAUCCUGAAGGAAAUGAUUUUAUUCCUGCCAAUUUAUUACAAGAUGUUCUUGCUGAACUUGGACUUGUUACAGAUACAAAUUGUGUCAAUAUAGUGAAGAAAAAAUUGGACACUGAAAAUUUGGGAAUUAUUCUACGUACUAACUUCAUGGACGAAUUUUUUCCUGAAGAACCACGAACAUGUCCGGAUACAUUUCCAUUGUACCAUUACAAUGGUCUCCAACAUAGUAAUCCAGAAAAUAAAGUUAUUUAUCACAAAGGUCAAGCAGUGUUGUUGGAGUGCACUAUUAAGGGUAUUAUGGAAAGUAAUCCUAUGUUAACAGUACUUCAAACAAAAUGGCCCAGAAUUGAGAUUCAAUGGGAUAUUGGCCAAAAUCCGAGCCUGAACUAAUAAAUUCUACUGACACUUUAUUUUCAGUUAUAUCAUUGAAGUUGUUGUACAAGAAAAUAAGUAACAAAAUCAUUAAAUAGUUUGAGGAGUACUUAAAUUUAACAAAAGACAUUUUUAUGUUUAUGAGAAUAUUAAACAAAAAUCUUUAGAGGAAGAAUUAAAUUUAAAUAAAGAAAAUUUUUCUGAAUACAUGUUAUGUUAAAUUAUAAUAAUUCAAUAAUUUUACUAAUUAUUUAUGUUAGAAAUCAAAUUUUUUCAUUUUUUUAGAAAUGAUGUGAGAUUUAAGUAUAUUUUAAAUUGGUUUAGAAAUAAUUAUUCAACAUAUUACUAAAAAUUUCAAGAACAGGCAUGUAAUUAUUUGAUGUUGAAAUUAAAAAAACUAAAACGAAUUUAUUAAUAAAUAAAAAGAAGAGGAUGUGCAAAUGAUAAGAAGAAACAAUAACAAUUGCACGUGAAAUGUAACAGAGAAAAUAAUAAUAAUGUAGUAAGAAAAAAUGUGAAUAUUCAGAUAAAAAGUAUAACAAAAAGUAGUGUAAAAAAAGAACAAUUCAAAAAAUAAUGUACAAAUCUAUGUAAAUCGUAUCCAUGGCUAAAUGUAUAGUUAGAUCAAAGUUAUAAUCUAGUCAUUGUAUCGACAUUCUAAUAAUAUUUUGAUUUUUUUGUCGUUCUUUUUCUUACAUUUAAUAAGGGAAACAUGUAAUACUUGUGUUGUCAUUUUCUCUCAAAUUUUGCUAAAAAUCAGAUAUAAUAACAUUCUAAACAGAUGGGGCACACUGUACAGAAUGAAAUGAAAAGAACAUAUUGGAAUUUCUACAUUCUAUACAGGUAUUUAUAAAUAUGGUUGAGACCAUAGAUGAAUGACGUUAACGAAAAAACAAAUCAAGUUACAUUUCAGAAUUUAAAUUUAACUCUAUAAUAUGAUUUGUUUUUUAUAGAUACAUUUUUAUGAUUAUAUGUUAACACAGACAUUAAUCUAUAUUAUAUUAUAACUAUUAUUAUAUUUAUUGUAAUUAAAAUAAUUGAAGUGAACUAAUUUUUUUUUUUAAACUGAUAUAUUCCGUAUAUAUAGGAUAUUCCGAACACAAGCGAAUAAUAAUAUUAAAAAUAAAAGAAUA